GGAGGUGGGAGGAGGUGGCGUUUCCGGCCGCUAUCGCUGUCCAGGGAGGCUGAGGCGAGAGGGAGCUGUCCGGGUGGGGAGCCCGCACUACCUUCCUCCUCCUCCGGGUGAGGGGAACGAAGGUUGGGGCCCCAACCCCAUGGACCGGGAGGAGGUGAAGGCCGCCGAGAGCCGGGGCCCCGUUGUGUGGCCUUGAGCCCCGUGGAUUGGUUCUGCCUGUCUGGAAGACCAUGGAGAAGAGGCUGGGAGUCAUGCCAAGCCUUGCUUCCUGGAUUUUAUCAGAAUUUUGUUGGCAGACAUCUGUGAAGUGGUUGAAAAGCCUGUACCUGUUUUAUACUUGCUUCUGCUUCAGUGUGCUGUGGUUGUCAGCAGAUGCCAGUGAGAGCAGGUGCCAUCAGGUGAAAACACAGUUUGGAGUUGGCCUGAGAGCUGGGGGAGGAAAUCACCUCCGGCUUCUUGAAGGAGCUCCCUCUCUCCAGGCAUGUUGGACUGCCUGCUGCCAGGACUCUGCUUGCCAUGCCUUCUGGUGGUUAGAGGAGAUGUGCAUUCUAGCAGACUGCAGCAGGCCUCAGAACUGCCAGGCUUUAAAGACAGACUCUUCCAACUCCGUGUUGGUGUUUUUAGAAAAAGUCCGAACUACUAGUGAUUUGGAUUUUCCACCUGAAGAUUCUGUACCACAUAUUCUGGUACUAGGUUGGAGCAGGGCAUCUUGGAGGAGGAAGAGCCCACCCAGAGCUCCACUCAAGCCUACUCUAUCUUCAAGUGACCAGCAGAACUUAGUUCUGAAGCUUCGGAAGAGGGAUAGUCUUAGUCAAGAAGUAGUUACAUCUGCAGUGACACAGCAUUCUGAAGUGAAUGACUCCAAGGUAUUAGGUGAUCGGAAUGCCAAUGACUCUGCAGAGGUCCACAAGGAAAUUGUAAUUUCCAAUCCCUUAGCCACAACCCUGCCUGUGGAAGAGAUAUCUGGUUGGUCAAAGAAUCUGUCAGCCUCACAUGAGGCAUCAGAGGAUCCUAGUACUGUGUCCAGCGCUCAGCAAGUGAAAAGCUCUGGGGAAAACGCUGCUGCUCUGCCAGUGGCUCCUUCCUACAGUUAUGCCACCCCAACCCCCCCGGCCUCUUUCCGGAGCACCACAGAACCAGUUAUAAGGAAAUUGGUGGUAUCUGCUGGAGAUAGUGUCCAGAUAACCUUGCCCAAGAAUGAAGUUCAGCUGAAUGCAUUUGUUCUCCAAGAACCACAUGAAGGAGAAACCUACACCUACAACUGGCAACUGAUUACUCAUCCUAAAGACUACAGUGGAGAAAUGGAAGGGAAGCUUUCCCACAUCCUCAGACUAUCCAAGCUCACCCCAGGACUGUAUGAAUUCAAAGUGAUUGUAGAUGGUCAAAAUUCCCAUGGGGAAGGUUAUGUGAAUGUGACCGUCAAGCCAGAGCCUCGUAAGAAUCAGCCCCCUGUGGCCAUCGUGUCACCACAGUUCCAGGAGAUCUCUCUGCCAACCACAUCUACAGUCAUUGAUGGCAGCCAAAGCACUGAUGAUGAUAAAAUCGUCAAGUACCUUUGGGAAGAACUUAAGGGACCUCUGAGAGAAGAGAAGAUUUCUGGAGAUACGGCCAUAUUAAAACUAAGUAAACUCGUCCCUGGGAACUACACAUUCAGCUUGACUGUAGUAGACUCUAAUGGAGCUACUAACUCAACAACAGCAAACCUGACAGUGAACAAAGCCGUGGAUUACCCCCCUGUGGCCAAUGCAGGCCCCAACCAAGUGAUCACUUUGCCCCAAAACUCCAUCACACUCUCUGGAAACCAGAGCACUGAUGACCAUGGCAUCUACAGCUAUGAAUGGUCACUCAGCCCAACCAGCAAGGGGAAAGUGGUGGAGAUGCAGGGUGUUAGGACACCAACCCUGCAACUCUCUGCCAUGCAAGAAGGAGACUACACUUACCAGCUCACAGUGACUGACACAAUAGGACAGCAGUCCACUGCUCAAGUGACUGUAAUUGUGCAACCUGAAAACAACAAGCCUCCUCAGGCAGAUGCAGGCCCAGAUAAAGAAUUAACCCUCCCUGUGGACAGCACGACCCUGGAUGGCAGCAAAAGUUCAGAUGAUCAGAAAAUUACCUCAUAUCUUUGGGAAAAAACACAGGGACCUGAUGGGGUGCAGCUCAAGAAUGCUAACUGCACUGUCGCCACUGUGACUGGGCUGCAAGUGGGAACCUACGUGUUCACCUUGACUGUCAAAGAUGAGAGGAACCUGCAAAGCCAGAGCUCUGUGAAUGUCAUUGUCAAAGAAGAAAUAAACAAACCACCUAUAGCCAAGAUAACUGGGAAUGUAGUGAUUACCUUGCCUAUGGACACAGCAGAGCUGGAUGGCUCCAAGUCGUCAGAUGACAAGGGAAUCAUCAGCUACAUCUGGACUAGAGAUGAGGGGAGCCCAGCUGCAGGGGAGGUGUUAAAUCAUUCUGACCACCACCCUAUACUCUUCCUUUCCAACCUGGUGGAGGGAACCUACAUAUUUCACCUGAAAGUAACUGAUGCGAAGGGUGAAAGUGACACAGACCGGACCACACUGGAGGUGAAGCCUGAUCCCAGGAAAAACAACCUAGUGGAGAUCAUCUUGGAUGUCAACGUCAGUCAGCUAACUGAGAGGCUGAAGGGGAUGUUCAUCCGCCAGAUUGGGGUCCUCCUGGGGGUGCUGGAUUCCGACAUCAUUGUGCAAAAGAUUCAGCCGUACACGGAGCAGAGCACCAAGAUGGUAUUUUUUGUUCAAAAUGAGCCUCCCCACCAGAUCUUCAAAGGCCAUGAGGUAGCAACGAUGCUCAAGAGUGAGCUGCAGAAGCAAAAGGCAGACUUUCUGAUAUUCAGAGCAUUGGAAAUCAAUACUGUCACAUGCCAGUUAAAUUGUUCUGACCAUGGGCACUGUGAUUCCUUUACCAAACGCUGUAUCUGUGACCCUUUUUGGAUGGAGAAUUUCAUCAAGGUGCAGCUGAAGGAUGGAGAUAGCAACUGUGAGUGGAGUGUGUUAUAUGUCAUCAUUGCUUCUUUUGUCAUUGUUGUUGCCUUGGGGAUCCUGUCCUGGACUAUGAUCUGUUGUUGUAAAAGGCAAAAAGGAAAGCCCAAGAGGAAAAGCAAGUACAAGAUCCUGGAUGCCACAGAUCAGGAAAGUCUGGAGCUGAAGCCGACGUCCCGAGCAGGCAUCAAGCAGAAAGGCCCGAUGCUGAACAGCAGCCUGAUGCACUCCGAGUCAGAGCUGGACAGUGACGAUGCCAUUUUUACAUGGCCAGACCGAGAGAAGGGCAAACUCCUACACGGUCAGAAUGGCUCCGUGACCAACGGGCAGACCCCACUCAAGGCCAGGAGCCCACGAGAGGAGAUCUUAUAGCCACCUGGUCUGUUUCCUCAGGGUAGGGGUGACAGAACUGGGACCCAGAGCACUCCAGACUGGUUCUCAUACCUCUCACAUCUGUGGGCAGCCGCUCCCAGAAUCCACUGGUCAUUCUGCCCCAACCUUCCAAACCAGAGCUGCUGAUACUUGAAUCCAGGAAUCCCUGAAUGAAGCUGUGAAUGAAAAGUUUUUCUCUUUAAACCUAUCUGAAAGGCCCCAAGGCCCUAACCCUCACCUCAGGUCUUUUUUUUUUUUUUUUUUUGCAAAGCCCUCCCCACCUCCGAGGACACUGGCCACCUCUUCAGCUCUAUUAGCAGCGUGCUAUUCCCAGGGCACCUGCACAGUGAGGCCUGGCUAUGCUCCCAUGCCUGGGCCCAGAACCCAGCUCCACCAGCCUCCUGGCCCCAAAAGCCUGCCUGCAGACAUGUUCUCUGCUCUCCUGCCUGGGGUGGAGGGUGUCUUCUCACUAGGCCCAAAGGAAGUGGUGCCUCCCCUCCACACCUCUGAUGCCCAGCUGGUAGUGCAGACAUGGCUUCUGGCCCAAGAUUUGGGAAGGGCUGGCUGCAUGGAGAGGGACACUUCUGGCCAUGGCUACUGUGAGCAUCUAGGCUGGACGCAGACUGCCUCAUCCUCAGUCCCCCUAACCAGCCCACGCUGCUUCAGGCCUCAGGCCCACUCUCUGCCCUGAAGAGACAGCCACCAAUGGACCAGAAUGUUGUGGCAGAGUGUAUGUGAGUGACUGCCCCACUGUGGUCUCCUCUCUGUCCGUCUGCCCAGGUAUCUGCCCUCCAUGUCCCUUGCAUGUGUAUAUGUGUUAGAGUGUGUGUGCCUCAACUCUUCACAGGGCUCUCAGCUGCUCACAAGGCAUCCUUGACUUGGAAAGACUUUCAGCUCCUCAGAACAGAGACUUCCUGGCCCUUCUUGGCCUUGCCACUGGCUCCUCAGCCAUGGAAUCUGGACGUUGAGGAAGGGGAGGUUAGGGGUGGAAGUGGCUUUUUAAAACUAAAACCAACCUAGUUUAUACUACUGCACUCCUGUCUGUUGUGGGAUGAUUAAACAUGCUAUUGAAUUGU